AUGACUGCAAUUGAGAGCUUCGACAGCAUCUACCUCGAUCUCUCCAAAGAGAGCGGCAAAUGCAGAUUCGCCGAGACGGGUUUCGGAUGGAAGCCUUCCAAUGGCGGCGACACCUUCACCCUCGAUCAAAGUAAUAUUGGCGGUGCGCAAUGGAGCCGCGCCGCCAAGGGUUAUGAGAUUCGAAUUCUGCAGCGGAAUUCAGGCAUCAUUCAGCUCGAUGGCUUCCAACAAGAGGAUUACGACCGCCUGAGCAAGGUCUUCAAGAACUGGUACAGCACAGUUCUUGAGAGCAAAGAACAUGCCCUCCGCGGCUGGAAUUGGGGCAAGGCUGAGUUUUCCAAGGCGGAAUUGACAUUUAGUGUUCAGAAUAAGCCUGCCUUUGAGCUUCCCUACUCCGAGAUUGGAAACACCAACCUGGCUGGCCGCAACGAGGUCUCUGUCGAGAUGUCCCUACCACAAGACUCCAAUGAUACGGGCACCGAUGGUCAGCUUGGUGGCGCUCGUGGCAAAGGCAAGAAGGCCGGCGGCGGCAGAGAUCAGCUGGUGGAAAUGCGCUUUUAUAUUCCUGGCACUACCACUACCAAGAAGGAGGCCGAUGGCGAAGAUGCCGAGGAAGAGGAAGCUGAGGAGAAGAAUGCCGCUACACUCUUCUACGAUACCCUUAUCGAGAAGGCAGAGAUUGGAGAGACGGCUGGCGAUACUAUCGCUACCUUUCUCGAUGUGCUUCACCUCACGCCCAGAGGUCGUUUCGAUAUCGAUAUGUACGAAGCUUCAUUCCGCCUUCGUGGAAAGACUUACGACUACAAGAUCCAGUAUGAGGCCAUCAAAAAAUUCAUGGUCCUCCCAAAGCCCGACGAGAUGCAUUGCAUGUUGUGCAUUGGUUUGGAUCCGCCACUGCGUCAAGGCCAGACGCGAUACCCAUUCGUUGUCAUGCAGUUUAAGAAGGAUGAAGAAGUGACGAUUGACUUGAACCUCGAGGAGUCAGAAUUACAAUCCAAAUACAAGGAUAAGUUGGAUCCUCACUAUGAGGAGCCUCUACAUCACGUUGUUGCAAAGAUCUUCCGUGGUCUGGCUAACAAGAAGAUUUCAUCACCUGCAAAGGACUUUAUCACUCACCGAAGUCAGUACGGCAUUAAGUGUUCUAUCAAGGCCAGUGAAGGGUUCCUGUAUUGCCUAGAAAAAGCUUUCAUGUUCGUCCCCAAACCGGCCACAUAUAUUGCCUACGAGCAAACACAAUCCGUCACAUUCUCUCGCGUGGGCGGCGCUGUCUCAACUUUAUCUACCUUUGACAUCACUGUUGUGAUGAAGAAUGGGGCCGGGUCAUCGCAAUUCAGCAACAUCAAUCGCGAAGACCUCAAAGCCCUCGAGACAUUCUUCAAGCUCAAGGGUCUGCGUGUCAAGAAUGAAAUCGACGAGGAUGCUAACAUGCUUGCUGCUGCUCUUCGGGAACAAGACAUGGAUGACUCGGACGAUGAAGUUGUCGCUAGCAAGGCCGACCGCGGAUCAGCCGAUGAGGAUGAAGAGAGCGUGGAUGAAGAUUUCCAUGCAGAUAGUGAUAGCGAUGUGGCCGAGGAGUACGAUAGUGCCCAUGAGAGCUCUGGAUCGGGCAGUGCUGAGAGCGAUGUUGAUGACGAUGAGAUGGACGAAGAUGAAGACGAGGACCAGGAAGAAGAUGAGGAGGAGCGCCCGAAAAAGAAGAAGAAGACUGGCUAA